UGUGUGUGUGUGUGUGUGUGUGUGUGUGUGUGUAAAAAAGGAACUCUGAUAAAACGUGUGAGUUCCCCUAACUUCUCCUGGAGCAUAUCUACUUUCCACUGUGCACACACCCCUUCCAUUCUAUUGUUUUCAUACUGAAUUUUUGACAUAGGGAUGUUUACCUCUGUGUAGCGUCCUCUCCUCUUUUAACAGCUGCUGGACUUUUAUAGGAGAGGUUUGAUGCACCAAAUGCUUUCAGUUGGUGGAAAGUCUGAACUGCAGGUAUUUCAGCACCGAGACUUGAAUGGAAAAGAAAAAAUAGAAAUAGGAGGUAGAAUAGAAAAUAGUUUAACAUUGUCUUAAUGAAAUAUGCAAGAUCUUCCCUGAUUAAACGCCAGAUGGUCCUUCUCCUCUUUAGUUUGGUUUUUGAGGACUUGGCGUCCAUGUUAUCCAAAAAAGAUUUUUACAUUCCAAAUCAUUUGAGCACAUAGAAGUUUUCAACUUUGACUGAGCAAAUCUAAAUUGAGUUUUCCCCCAGAGAAGAUGGUGAUUAUUCUGGAUUAUAUUCACAUAUAGCUUCUUAUUUACAUGAUAGAGCUUUAACCUGCUUUUGUGGAUGGCAUGUCGAGCUGUAUACACAGAAGGUGAUUUCUGACAGUGUUCCUGAGGCCCUGCAGUGAUUUUCAAUGACAGAAGCAUGCCUGUUUUUAAUGCAGUGCAGCCUGAUCGUGAACACCCAGUGUUGCUGAAAUUGUUCCAUAAUUUGCAUAAUGUUUGUAGAUUGAUGAAUUUCUGUCCAUCUUUAUUUCUAACAAACUCUGCCUAUCUGAGAUGCUCUUUUUAUACCCAAUCAUGUCACUGAUCUGUUGUAAAUUAACCUAUUUAGCUGUUCUUCCAGCUGUUUCUUGUUAGCACCAUUUACUUUUCCAGCAUUUUGUGCCCACCUCCAAAGUUUUUUUGUAGCAUGUUGCAGUCAUCAUUUUCACAAUUAACUAUUAAAUGAAUAUUUCUAUUAGCUUGUAUAAAUAACUUAUAUUUAUACUAAUUACUAAUAUUUUUCAUGAAAUAGUCAAAUAUCUUAGUUUAAACAUCUGUUAUAUUUUCUGUUUUACUGUCAAUAAAAUAUUUGUUUAUGAGACUCAACUGAAUGACUCUGAAUGUUGGAAUGGACUCUAACACAUAUAGUGAGGAUGAAGGGACGAUGACAGACUGAAUUGCAAAUUGUAUCUAUUUUCAUCUUUUUUUAAUUUCAGUUUACUGACCUUUUCAUAUAAUUGUCUUGUUUUACAGAUAUGGGCGGAGUAUUUAGUCAGUCAUGGAGGCCUUUGCCAAAGAAUAACCAGGAUACGCUGGAUUUUCUGAAAUCGUACAGACCUCGAAAUCAUGAAGCUAGCCAUCUCAGAAUUCUGCUUAUUGGGCCAUCUGGUGACGGGAAAUCUACCUUCAUCAACUCUGUUGACAGCGUUUUACAAGGCAGAGUUGCUAAUCGAGCUCCAACAGAUCAACACCUUACAGCAGAUUCAUUCACCAAAAAGUACAAAACAUAUAAAUUCUCCAAAGGCAAUGAAGGUGAUUACUCAUUUGUUUUCAAUGACAUCAUGGGCAUGGAAAGGACCAAAGGCAUUCAUGUGGAAGAUGUUAAACUUGCCCUAAGAGGACAUGUGAAAGAUGAUUACGAGUUCGAUCCUGAAAACAAGCUGGAAGAGGGAGCUCCAAAAUACAAUGCUGCUCCUGAACUGAGUGACAGAGUUCAUGUUCUGGUCACUGUUGUUCCUGCUUGCUCAGUGUCUUUACUACCUCCAGACAUGAUAGCAAAGCUGAGAGAUAUCAGACUGGCAGCCACUGCGUUGGAAAUUCCCCAGCUGGCUAUUCUCACUAAAGUUGAUGUCGCCUGUCGCAAGGCACAAAGGAAUGUGAACAACAUCUACAAGAGUGACUACCUGAAGGAACAGGUCUACAAAUUUGGCCAGUUUCUGGGCCUCCCGGUGAACAGCAUCUUUCUUGUGAAGAACUACAGUUCAGAAAUCAGUACAAAUGAUGCCACUGAUGCUCACAUCCUGUGUGCACUGAAACAGAUGGUUGUCUUUGGAGAAGACUACCUCAACCACUUGAAUGACUGAGACAUGAGAAAAUGAAACAUUUCAUUUAAACAUCAGACUGAAUACCUGCUGUAGAUAUUCAGUCACACAUUUUAUACCUAGACUGUCUGUUAAUUUUCACAGUCUGCAUUUUUCCCAGCUUUCUUUCCUGGCUUCAAAUUGGAUAAAGUUUAUUAAUAUGUAGCAACUAUUUUCCUAUCUCACUGACUUAAUGUUUUAAUGCUACAUUAGUCUACAGUGCAUUUCCUCUCAUACACAUCACACCACUGCUUUUAUGCAAAAACUGUGUUGUUUUCAGUCUGUAUUGUGUGUUUGACCUCUUCAUGUUUUUCCCAUAGCAUAUACAAGUCACCGGUGUCUUCUGCUUGAUUUUACUUCCUCCCCAGUGUGAUUGUCUUAAUUGUUUUUAUCUGUGUCUGUUUUGCCCCUACGGUUUCCACUUCUUUUGUAUUUUUUUACUUAAAAAAAAGAAAAGCUUUCAAACUGUGUGAAUAGAGUCAUUGUGUUUCAGGACUAGGCUUUUCUCCAGGACAUUGUGGGCGUGACCUUUAGUCAAGAUCUUUCCCAGAAAUAUUUUCCAGUUCCUCCUAGGGGAUCUCACAUUGCUCCCUGCUGGGUGUGCCAGGAAAAACCUUCAACCAUUUGAUCAGAUAGCUCCAUGUCAGCUGCAUCCUUUCAACAUGAACGAGGAGCAUGGCCACUAGCUCUACUAGCUCCCUGAGUACCAAUUUUUCAAACAUGUUAGAUAAUGGAUUUGCAUUUAUAUUAGUUACAUACAUUAGUUACAAUAGAAUCAUCUCCAACAGUCAUUCACUGUAUUAGAAAGAAUGAAAGAAAGAAAUAACUAUAUGGAUGACAUUUUCACUCUUGGGCCACCACGGUGGCAUGGUGGUUAACACUGUUGACACACAGCAACAAGGGUGCCUUUCAGUAGGGUUUGAGGUUGGACUUGCUUUAUUUUACUCAUCUAUUAGAUCACCUGAGCUUCUGAAUUAAAAAUACUUAUUUGUUAUUUAUAGAGAAAGACUACAAUAUUCUGAUACGGGACUCUCCAAGCCUUCACUGAAGAAAGACAACCUAUAGAAGUUAAAGUUGUACACAAAUUUUUUUCUGUUUGAUUUUUUUUUAAGUCAUUUGUGUGACUGUUCGUUAAAAUGAGAUUCUAAUUGUACAUGUAGCUGAGCUAAAUUAUAUAUGGGACUCCCUUAGUACUCACUGAGUACAUCAUACAACAGAUUUAAUGAAGUCCUUUUGUGUGGGUUUGCAUCUCCCCCCAUGCUCUUAUCUGCUUAACACUACUUUUGAUAAAGACUCCGAAACAAUAAAACAAAAACCCUUAAAUCAUCUUCAGGUGACUGAAUAUGGUUUCAGGGAAACCAGAGAAGUGGUUCAGGCACAAGGAUACCUCCUGGGGGAGGUGUUCCGGGCUUGUCCCACCGGGAGGAGGCCCCGGGGCAGAACCAGGACACGCUGGAGAGAUUGCUGCUGCUUAUGCUGGCAGUAACAUGUCCGAUAAGCUCAUCUACGGAGACGUCACUGCAAUGCAUGAUUUGAUAGUGCACAGAGAAGAGAGUUUGGUGGGAAUGAACAAAUUCUACUUUUAAACAGCUCAUCAGUGAAAAAUCAUACAGGGUAAAAGCACUGGAAGGUUUCAUAGCUAAACAUAUACAGAUUUUUGCCAUAAGGUGGCACAGUGAGACUUUAUUCAUGUAUGAAAUACACGAGCUUGAUUAAAUCACACUCAAAAUUAACACAUACUUUAAAAGAGACAAUAUCCCAUAAAGUUGCAUCCACCAAGAAGUGAGUGGUCGCUCUUCUUUGUAAAAGAGGCUCAACAAGUCAAUGAAGCUGGACUUGGGUCCAGCUCGGGUCCACGAAGAAGAAUUCCGAGACACUAGAGCUCAUUUUUAUCAGUGGCACGUGGGUGAAGUUGGGAAAGGCACAGCCAGAUGGUUGACAUCAGGGGCUUAUCACCCGGCAAACAGACUAAACACCAGACCUUGCCCAUCUGUUUUCUUUCUUCCUUCUCCUUCUCCAGCUCCUCCAUGGCAGAUACCUAGACUGGUGGAACACACUCUCAUAACUCACUCAUUCAAGCAUAUGGGCAUGCACUUGUAUGGACACCUACUUUAUUAUUUAAAUAUUUAAAUAGUUGUCUGGGUUGAUGAUUUUGGUGUCUGUAGUUUGUUAGCACUAAGUUGCAGAAAUGUUUGGGGCAGAGCUCCACGCCUACUGGUAGUUGCUUUGGAGCAUUAAAUUGGUCAUUAGGUGUAGAUUCAUCCAUACCAUUGGUUUAUAGACAAAGGUGACCAAACCUUACUAAUUUUAUGUCAAUGAAACUGAAAAUAAUGCCUAAAAUUGUUGGUUGUGUCUAGUUUUCAUGCUACCAGACCCCCAAAAAAUUAGUUGCGACAAAAAUCACUAAUAUACAUUUUAAUCCUUAAAGUUUGCCUAAUAUGUCCCAAAUAUGGGUCAUUUUAAAAUGGUUAUAUAUCCUAAAUGAUUAACCCAUUAUUGAUGAGGCUUGCCUUAUUUGGCUUUUGCACCUCUACUCUGAUCUUGGAUUUGGGAAGUAAAUUUGCUAAUGCUGCAAAGAAAAUUUUACUGCGUAUUUAAACAUCCCACUAAUAUUUUAUCCUCUUUCAAGUACGGUGACUCACAGAACUUGCACAGUUCUCUGAAAUGUAUUCUCUAAACUGGAAAUCUUCAAAAUUAUUGUUGUUUCAAUUAAAAAGAGGUAAAAGACAACUGGACAUGUAGCUUCAAAUUGCAAAAACAUAAUUGUUUCUUGGAAUACAGUUUGAAUAAACACAAAAACAGACAAAAUACACAAAAGACCAGCAGCCCAGGGGUUUUCAGGACUUCUAAAUUCCCAGAGGUGUCUGCCAAGGUCACACAUGAAUAUAUGCCAGGUCACCGUGGCAGAUAUUCAGAAAAUCUGGUACUUUCCAGUUCUCUCCCUAUUUUCCAUGUGCUAUGUGGAUAACUCUCCUAUAAGGUCCCACAGAUUUUAUCAGAAGCCAAUUAGCCCAUCUUUCUGCCAUGAGCAGGCCUCGAGGGGUGAAGGUGCUCUCCAACUCCUACUUUGAAAAAGGUGAAAUGUGAAGAACUAUUGAUACAAUAUCAGCGCGCACACACAGUCUUUGUAUUACCCAAAUCCUUAUACUCUCAUGGUCAAAACAUCCUAUUUAUUGUGAGAUAAACAGAUUUCUAAAAUAUAUGAAGCAUCAUAUUGACUUAAAAUGAAGUGUCUAUUAUAUCAUAUGGGGGUAGUCUGAUGUUUAAUAAGGUUUACUAUAAGAAAUGACAUUUUUACAUAUCUUCUUAAUAAACACGUCAAUUAACUGAACAUUUUAGAGUAAAUGAUAAUGAUAAUCCUCCCGCAUAAUAUUUCAAUUGGCAAAAACUAGAUAUACUUAUAAAAUACUCAAUGCAAUGAUCCCAAACACACACUCAAAAAAACUUUUUUUUGCCCUCAUAAUGAUAAAAGCAUAAGCAUAAGCAAAAGCAUAAUUGGGAUUAAAACUGAAACAUUUGAAAUAUUUAAAACCAAAGGUUUAUUUAUCCAAAUAAUUAAACAUUAAAGAAAAUAUAAACUGAAAACAACCCAGUCAAGUAAAUUUCAUUUGAAUAGAUUCCAUUAAAUUUACCAUUUCCUAUUGUACUCAAGUAUUUUUCUGAGUGCACCAGCAAAUCUGCAACAGAAGGGCUGUUACGGCCUCUGGCCUCAGGUGGCCCCGCCUUCCUCUAUAGAAAUCACAGUGUUCCAGGACUCAUGGGGGAUUGGCUGGCCCCGGACCUAUGCCCGCCUCAACUACAUGCAGAUCAGAGUGUGCCAGACCACUCACACCAUUGGCUGCUGCAGGAGCCUUGAACACGAUGGACCAAUGACACGGCUGCCUGCAUUUACCGGGGAAUACAAAAGGCUGGAAGUCCUUCACUCAGUGGCUGCUGCUUAGGACUGAACAUGCAGUUUGCCCUCCGUGCCUCCCUCGUCAAUCUCUGUUGAACUUGUUCAUAUUGCUGAACUUUGUUAAACCUUGGUGCAUGUUUGAACUUAGCCUGAUUAGAGCUUUGAGCUGCUAGCUGGCUGUGAGUGGGAUAUUGAGAUGCUGGCUCGCCUAGUUUACUCUUAGCUUUUAUUUUGUGCGCCGCCAGCUUGCCUUAGUUAACCUUUAGCUUUUUCUCUUGUCUUCUUUUUUUGUCUUUAUAUAGUAAUUGUUUGCCCAGAGGUCUGUUGAACAGCCCUGUCGGUUUUCUGUUUAAAGUUUGAAAUUAAAACCUUUCUUUACUCA